AUGGUCUACACCGCCACCGAGAUUGUUGUGAGGCCGCCACUGGCGCUGCCACUGGCGCUGCCACUGCCCUUGCCCAUGGCGGCUUCAGCGCCAAAAGCGCCCCUGGCUCCAUCCAAAGCCCAACCCAAAUACCCUGCCAUCACCACUACUAAGACUACCAUGGCUUCGGAGUACACGUUACAGCCGCCGCUGCCCCUCAUCCGCAAGAAGUCAGGUGAUAUCGUCAAGCUGCUGUUGAAGCUCUCGCUGUUGGCGCGCCUGGCGCUGACGCCGCACUUGCCCCAGCGCAAACUGGUCAAGUUUGCCGACCGUUUAACCAACGUCCGCAUGUUCGACGGGCUGCAGCUGCCCCAGACGGUGCUGACGCCGUUGCACCUGCCCCAGCUGGAGUUUGACGUUGAAUACAUCGCCGGCGCCCACACCGCCGACUACUUUGGCCUGCCGUCGAGCGCUCCCCGACUGGCUCUGUUUGAAUUCCAACUGGACUCCGACCUGGACGAAGAUACUGCCGCCAAGUACGAUAUCGACUUCACUACGAUGACACGCCCUCACCAGUACUUUUACCAGCAAUUGGGCAACCCCAGUGGCGCCGGCGCCACCACUGCUACCACUGGCGCUCUGCGCGCCGCGGCGCCCGUCUACAUGCACUCGGCGCAACUCAGCGCCGAUAACCACUUUGUCGGCCUUGUUGACGUCGCCAAUAUCGCCUUUGAAAAGUUUAUCGAGGUUAAAAUGACCCUGGACAACUGGCGCACCACGUUACUGAUCCAACUGACGUCUCCCUUGGUCUCUUACGUGAAGCCGCUUGGCGACGGGCUGCGCGACCAGUUCAAAUUUACCAUCCCCAUCGACGGCUUGGUCAAAGGACAGCAGCUGGUGACGUUAGAAUUGUGCUGCAAGUACGCCGCCGCCGGUAAAGUGUUCUGGGAUAACAACCACGGCCAGAACUAUACCGUGGUGCUUAAGCGCCAGCCGUCAUCGCGCAAACUGUCGCUGUCACUGUCGCCGCAACGCAAGAAGAUAGUCCCCGUGGUUGACGAUGAACCCGUGGUCCCUAUGGCUCCCAGACGCAAGCUGGAGUUCUCCAAAUACAACUUUGACGUCCAGCGCCCCCCGUUAAAGCUGCUGCACUCGCUGCCGGACUUUUUCGCCGGUACUACUCCCACUACUCCUGGCGCCACCAAUAAGCCGCGUUAUUCGCGCCAGUACCGCGACAAACAGCUGGCGGAAGUGCCGCGCCUGGACGCGUUCGCCAAGUUGAGCUACACCGACUUGCUCGCCCAGUUCUGCUUCUCCGGAGGCGCCCUGGCACCAGCGCCGGCGCUGGCGCCGAAACUGGCGGCGAACGCCCCUACGACCACUAGCACCCCUACUACUGCUGGCUCCCCUACGACGAGCGCUAGCGCUGCCGGCGCCAUCAAGGCGCCCACUCCCAUCAAGGCGGUGUCGCCGCCUCACCCCCACACCACCACCACCACCACCACCAUUGACCACCCGCCGCUGCCGCGCAAGCUCGCGCCGUGCCGUCCGCUGACGGCGGCGACGUUGCACGCGUUGGGCGACGAGAUCCAUAUUUAG